AUGGCCACGAAAUACAAGUUCACCAAGGAAGAAUGUCAUACAGUCCACUCCGAUACAAUGCUGCGUCGUAUGCUCUCAAUGACAGCAGUGUUACCUACGUCCGCAGAUUCUGGCUCGCGAGUCUCAGGCCACACCCAAAUCGGAAAAGGACAAUGUGGUAAAACUUACACGUUGCUACGUAAUGUCGACCAAGUCUACAAAACGCCAAACUCGCUAGAAAAGAUACCUGAGCUGCAACGCGACUUUCUGUUCCACACCGCUGUUAGUGAGGCUUUCAACAAUGCUCCAGAGGCUUUGUCAAGCAAAGCGCUGGUCCCUAGAUUGCAUGGCUACAAGUCUCAGUCUGUUGAGGGUGAUUUGAUAGCCUACGAGAUACAAAGGCACAGUCGCGGGCAGAUAGAUCCCAUGGCGUACAGGAGUCACAGACUAAUGUCAGAACGCAUAUAUCCGCUGCAUGACCCCAUACCAACGGCUCUGUUAGAGUCUUUGAUACCUGAGAUAACACCGAUUCAGAGAGAAACAUGCUUGAACAACCCUACAAACAACAAUUGUCUAGUCCGCUUGUAUCUUGGAUGUCGAGGUGGGAGUAGGAGCAAGAUAAACCCCGAGAUGAUGAGUCUCCGCAACUUCCCUCUGCAUGUCGAUGAGAUGGAGCGACUGUGCUUGCCAAUCACCGCUUACAUAACGACAAUUGCACAAUCUCUGGCUCUCAUGCACUGGAAAGCUGGGAUCGAUGCCAAUGAUGUCGAGUUCGUGUUUGGCAGCUCACGUAACGACAGCAACAGCGAAGGCCACACCGUCUCUAUUUGGCUACUGGACUUUAACCAAUGUCAAAAAUUCAGCCACGAUCAAGCUGGACUAAAGCAGUUGGUGGAUGGCUUCUGGUGGAAUGACCCUUACUAUCCUCGGCCUGGUUCUUCGAACUCACAAGAUAAGGUGUGGUGGACUACAUUCCUGAGCAAGUACCUGGAUGCAAGUGCUUUGCUGACCGACAGCAAGAUGCCGAGAGAGUUUAUUCAGGCAGUUGAAGCAGAAGGUGAGCGUCGGCGAGUGAGGCCUUCGCUGUUUGGGUAG